CAUCCCCACUCCCCCCCCCGCCUUGACUGUGGCCGGUGUGAAGGCCGAGGCCAGGCCCCGGGGCUCGGGUCUGCAGGGCGGAGGCAGUUUCCACUCCCCUCCCCCGGCUGAUGCUGCGGCCGGCGGCGGGGGCUCCGGCUCCUCCCUGUGAGAAUACCCCCGAGGAGGAGGAGGAGGAGGAAGAAAGGCCGGCCGCCGAUGUGAGCGAGCGCGGGGGACAAGCGAGGAAGCGGCAGCGGAGAGCCGAGGUCCAGGCCGGGAGCCGCUCCUCCUCCCCUCAGCCUGUCGGCGCCAAGCGGUGGUACCGGGGCUGCACCACCCAGGCGGACGGAGACAGAGAGGCCGAGGCCCCGGCUACCAGCCCCGGCCCCGGCAUGGCGGAGCAGCGGCCGCACUCGCGCAAAGCCAACUUCUCGGCGGCGCUGCUCGGACACCCCAAUGGGGUGAGCAGGGCGGUGACACCCGGGGGCAAGCCGGCAGCCUCCAGGAAACUGCUCAUCAAGAACUUCAGAGAUAAACCAAAAUUGCCGGAUAACUACACUCAGGACACAUGGCAGAAACUUCAUGAAGCUGUGGAUGCCAUUCAAAAUAGCACAUCAAUAAAAUAUAAUUUGGAAGAACUUUAUCAGGCUGUUGAGAAUCUGUGCUCCUAUAAAGUGUCAGCAACACUGUACAAACAACUGAGACAGGUAUGUGAAGACCAUGUCAAGGCACAGAUUUUGCUGUUCCGGGAGGAUUCACUGGAUAGCAGUCUGUUUCUGAAGAAGAUUAACACGUGUUGGCAGGACCACUGUCGGCAAAUGAUAAUGAUCAGGAGCAUCUUCCUGUUUCUUGACCGAACCUAUGUUCUGCAGAGUUCAAUGCUGCCAUCUAUCUGGGACAUAGGUUUAGAGCUUUUCCGAACCCAUGUGAUCAAUGACAGAAUUGUCCAGACCAAAACCAUCGAUGGGAUCCUUUUGCUGAUCCAAAAAGAGCGAAACGGGGAGGCUGUGGACCGAAGCUUGAUCCGAAGUUUGCUGAGUAUGCUGUCAGACCUGCAGGUCUACCAGGAAUCAUUUGAACAGAGGUUUUUGGAGGAGACCAAUUGUUUAUAUGCAGCAGAAGGCCAAAGACUAAUGCAAGAGAGUGAGGUGCCAGAAUACCUUCACCAUGUAAACAAACGCCUGGAAGAAGAAACAGACAGAGUGAUUACUUACUUGGAUCAAAGCACACAGAAAUGGUUGGUUGCCAGUGUUGAGAAGCAACUGCUUGGUGAACAUCUGACAGCUAUUCUUCAGAAAGGCCUCAAUCAACUACUCGAUGAAAACAGAAUAGUGGACCUCGCUCUUCUCUACCAACUACUCAGCAGAGUUAAAGGUGGUCUGCAGGCUCUCCUGCAACAUUGGAAUGAAUAUAUCAAGACCUUUGGCAGUAUGAUUGUGGUUAAUCCAGAGAAGGACAAGACGAUGGUUGAGGAGCUGCUAGACUUCAAAGAUAAAAUCGACCGUGUCAUUGAAGUGUGCUUUCUUAAAAAUGAAAAAUUCGUCAAUACAAUGAAGGAAGCUUUUGAGACUUUUAUAAAUAAGAGACCCAACAAGCCUGCUGAGCUGAUAGCCAAGUAUGUGGAUUCAAAAUUGCGAGCUGGAAACAAAGAGGCCACAGAUGAGGAACUGGAAAGAAUGCUGGAUAAAAUCAUGAUCAUAUUUAGAUUUAUUCAUGGUAAGGACGUAUUUGAGGCCUUCUAUAAGAAAGACUUAGCAAAACGUCUCCUGGUAGGGAAAAGUGCUUCUGUUGAUGCUGAGAAGUCGAUGCUGUCCAAACUGAAGCAUGAAUGUGGUGCUGCCUUCACCAGCAAAUUGGAGGGAAUGUUCAAGGACAUGGAGCUCUCAAAAGAUAUUAUGGUCCAAUUUAAGCAGUACAUCCAAAACCAGAGUGAUCCAAGCAAGAUAGAUCUGACAGUCAACAUUCUGACAAUGGGAUACUGGCCAACGUACACACCCAUGGAAAUACAUUUGCCUGCUGAGAUGAUAAAAUUGCAGGAGGUAUUUAAAACAUUUUACCUCGGAAAGCACAGUGGCAGAAAACUCCAAUGGCAGCCAACAUUGGGGCACUCUGUUUUGAAAGCGGAAUUCAAAGAGGGUAAAAAGGAGCUGCAGGUUUCGCUGUUCCAGACUUUGGUGCUGCUUAUGUUUAACGAGGGAAAUGAAUUCUCUGUGGAGGAAAUCAAGACUGCAACCGGCAUAGAGGAUAGUGAAUUGAGAAGGACAUUGCAGUCUUUAGCCUGUGGGAAAGCUCGUGUGUUGAACAAAGUUCCAAAAGGAAAAGACAUUGAAGAUGGAGACAAGAUCAUCUUCAAUGACGACUUCAAGCACAAACUAUUCAGAAUAAAGAUUAACCAAAUCCAGAUGAAAGAAACUGUUGAGGAGCAGACGAGCACGACUGAACGGGUAUUCCAGGACAGACAGUACCAAAUAGAUGCUGCUAUCGUUCGAAUAAUGAAAAUGAGGAAGACACUCAGCCAUAACCACCUCGUUGCAGAACUCUAUAACCAAUUAAAAUUUCCAGUGAAGCCAGGAGACCUGAAGAAAAGGAUUGAGUCUCUAAUUGACCGGGACUAUAUGGAGAGAGACAAAGACAAUGCCAACCAGUACCACUAUGUGGCAUAAAGUAUAGGCCGUGGCUGUCAUUGCUGAAUCUCAGCUCCUACAUUGCCAGGAAAAUGGCAAUAGCACUGAUUCUGUCUGCACUCUUCUUGGAUUCAGUUUGGUUGUUAACGCGAGAUCCAGCCCCCCUCACAUCAAGAUUAAAACCAGAGUGUUCUUUUUGGGAGUUUCGACUGUUGGCCAAACCUUUCAUACAGCUUUUAGCAUAAGGCUUUGCUUUCUUGAGGACCUCUUUGCUGAAGAGCGUGGAAGGCGUGCGGAUCUUAAAAACACUUGAAGCAGCAGUCCAUCUUGUGCCUCUGACAACUGAGGACUGAUGAUUUCCUGUCUGCGUUCAUCCGGUUUCACCUGCUGUUGACACCUGUAAUUGGCUUUUAGUUUUGAUUUAUUAUAAAGCCUGUCUACACUUGUUAUUUCUCGCCAAUAUAUAACUUAUGGCCAUAUUUCAGCAAGGGAGUCCUAUUAAUCUAUAGAAAACAUAAUGUGAGAUUCCCUUUAGUGCGAACUGCUCUGUAUUUGCACACCAGCUUUUGUAACUACUUGAGUUAGUAGAACUACCAUGCCAACUACUGAAGUAACUAACUUGGAACAAUAAUGGGAUCAAACAUACACCUGCUAACCCAAUAUCACACUACAGGGUAACAAUUAGGUGGAAUUUUGUACAUCAGUUUUGUUUUAUGUAAAUUAAAACGUUUCUUGAAAAUGGAGACAGCUUACUUGAAGUGCCAAAGACUCUAAUUUCAAACAUUUAUUCCACUGAAUAACUUUCCUAUAAAGUAGUUGUUUUUACACUGAGAAAAAUUAAUGCUCUUAAGUCAAUCCUGCUUGUAACAUUUUCUUCAGGUAGAUGAACUAAAGCUUCCUUCACCCACUGCCAUCAGUCCACAGGUAACCAGACAAUACAGUUGUACAGUAGUUUCUACUUUUGGAUGACUCAUUGAUUCACACAGUGAUAUCACAGGAAAUCUUGAAAUUUUGACUUUGCAGGAAUGUAAAUACAAGAAAAACCAAAUGCUUUGUGCAAUAUAUACAAAUGCUCCUACGUAUUCACUGUCAAUCAUUCAGAUCGCAAACAAGUUUGAUGGUUGAGAUGAUCAGCUGAAACUGAGCUUUGUGAUAACUUGUUAGAUAUUGUAAAUAGGUUUUUCCUCAAUUCAAAGUGCUUAAAAAAUUAUUAGGAUCUUUGUCUUGCAAUAACUAAACAUAAAAUGAUUUUCUGCCAUGGGUUGUGUUUUUAUUGACAUAACAUUUAUACAACUUAAGAGCUAAUAAAUUUUUCACAGCUUGUAACCUUAAA